AUGAGAACAUAUUCUGCUAAAUAUUAUGGAUAUGAAUCUGCACAUCAAUUAGCACUCAAAUUUGCACAAUAUGUUAAUACAUAUGAGACAUUACCUAUACAGCAACAGCAGCAAGUGCAGCAGCAAGUGCAGCAGCAACAAGUGCAACAAGUGCAACAACAACAGGGAGGAACUGCAGAAACAGACGAACAAGGGAAAUAUAAUAUACAAUAUACAAUGAGACAACAACACCAUCUUAUGCAACAACAAGGGAAACAACAAGAAAAACAAGAACAACAACAAGAACAACAACAACAACAACAACAACAACAAGAACAAGAACAACAGCAUGCAUGUAUGGAUAUUGAUGAUAGAUUAUAUGUACAAAGACAGCAGCAUGUGCAGCAACAACAACAACAGCAACAAAAAAUAUUAAAUAAUCAUCAAUUAUUACAUCAAUUAGGUCCUGCUGCUGCUGUUGAACAUUUUGCUGCUGCAGCACAUUCAUUUGCUUCGGAUAGUAGUGAUGGUACUAUAGGAAGUCCACCACAUAUUGCAAGUAGACGAUCUUCUGCUUCUGCUGCUGCUGCUGCUGCAGCUGCAGCAGGAGGAGGAGGAGGAAAUGGUAGUCCACCUAGAUAUCUAUUAAGAGGACCUAAAGGAUUAAUACAAACACCUCUUAAUUUAGGAGGAAUAUCUCGAAAUAUUCAGCAGCAACAGCAGCAUUUGCUGCAACAGCAGCAUGCAUCUGCUGCAGCAGCAGGUAUUUCUCAUUGUAAUAAUACAUCUACAUCAUCAUGGCAAGAACAGCAACAUCAUCAUCUAUUGUUGCAGCACCUCCAGCAACAACAACAGCAGCAGCAGCAGCAUAAUCAAGGUAGAAGAGGAGGUGUAUUAAAUAAAACAAAUGAUGAUAUAAGAAGAAAAAGACAAUUAAUUGAAUGUAACGAAGACACCGCAGAUUGCGGUGUACGUACAGCUCACCAUGAGGAAACAGUCCUAUGGUUUGAUUGUUUCUUAAAGGAAUUCGUUAGAGAAAAGAUUAAUAAUGCAGCAGCAGCAGCAGCAGCAGCAGCAAAUAAUAAUAAUAAUAAUUUUUAUAAUACAUUAGCACUUGAUGGAGGAAUAAAAGAUAGAGAUCUGCUGCAGUUACCAGCAGCAGCAGACUUUAAUGCAGCAGCAUUGUUAUCUAGCAGCAGCAACAGCAGCAGUGGUGGUGGUAAUAGAAGAGGAAGUAGCAGCAGCAGCAGCAGCAGCGGGAGGAGUGGUUGUGGAGGAUUUCCUUCUCCUGGUGCUCUCCUUCGUUCUGCUGCUGCUGCUGGUGGAUCUCCUCUCCGUGGUGCUGCAGCAGGAGGAAACAACAACAGCAGCAACAGCAGCAGUAGCAAUGCUAUAUUUGAGGGUGCAUGCGCCUUAUUACCUGAGCUACAGAACUGUUUUGCUGCUGCAUCUCGUGCUGCAGUUGGUCGUCGUAGCAGCAAAGAAGUCGAUCCCCACAGACUCGAUCCCAUCGAUCCCAGGAUCGAUCCCAGUAGGAUAAUAGACGAUCCCAGGGGAUCGUCUAUAGAUUAUAUAGGAUCACAACCACCACAAACAACAACAGCAACAGCAGCAGCAGUAGCAGCUGGUGCUGCUGCUGCUGCUGCUGGAGGAAUAAAGGGAGCAUCUCCUUCCUUGCUGCUGUCUCUUAGUCGUGCUGUUACUGAAUUAUCCAGCAGCAGUUGUCUUCUUAUUUAUCAUAUAAAGGCUGUCUUACAAAAUGCUGUUACUCUUACACAACAAGCAAAGACACAGCAUGCUGCUGCUGCUGCUGCUGCUGCUGCAGCUGCUGCAGCAGCAGCAGGUGCUGCUGAUACUCAGAGUGCUGCUGCUGGUGGUGGAUCGGCAGCAACAGAAGGAGGGAAGACAAAUGCUGCAGCAAAAGCAGAAAGUGGAGAUGUUGCUGCACUAACAGGGGAAACAGCAGCAACAACAGCAGCUACAGCAGCAGCAGCAACAGCAGCAGAUGCGAGGGGUCAGGGAUCAAAAGAGGGGGAGGGCAGUGAUAGGUCAGGGAUCCGUGAAGCUCUACUUGCUGCUUCCUCCUCUCCUGCAGCAGCAGCAGCAGCAGCAGCAGCAAAAACAGAAUUAUCCGAUGCAAGUUCUUCUUCCCCUAAAAUGCGUCGUACAGAAACAACCAACGCAGCAGCCUCCUCUGCUGCAGCAGCAGCAGCAGCAGCAGCAGCAGGAGGCAAUCCUUCUAAACCUGACCAAAAGCAGCAACAGCAGCAUCUGCAGCAGCAGCAAGAAAUAGAGGAAAAUGUAUGCCGUGCAUUUAGCUUACUAGUGCAGCACCAGAAGUUAGCAGCAAAUGUAACACAAUUACAAUUACCUGUCCCGGUGUAUCUACACUUUAUUAUAAGAGCUACUGCUGCUUCCUGUCUUCCUCUUGUGCUGCGUCGUACCCGCAGCAGCAGCAGCAGCAGUGGUGGUAGUAGUAGUAGUAGUAGCAGCAGCAGCAGCAGCAGCAAGGAUAAGGAAGAAGAGGAGGAAUUAGUUAUAGAUAGCGAAGCAGCACUACAGGGUUUGCUGCUGCGGCCCUUUGAUGUCUCGCGCUGCUGCUGCCAGGAGCGGCCUUGUGCAUGCGAUCAGCAGCACAUAGAGACGUUGCUGCUGCUGCUAUCUGCUGUUCUUAACAAUAACAACAGCAGCAGCAGCAAACAGCAGCAGCAGCAGCAGCAGCAAGAUAAAUUAUUGUCCUUAGGGACAACAGAUAGUAAUACAGAUUCUACGCAAAUGCAACUCCUGCAACGUAUCUUCCCUGGACUGCAGCAACUGCAGCAGCAGCAACAGCAGCAAGUGCAGCAGCAACGGCAACAGGAAAGACAUAAGCAGGAGGUGCAGCAGCAAAUGCAGCAGGAUCAGCCUCAGCAGCAGCAGGAGUUGAUGAAAGGAAGCAAGGAGCAGCAGCAGCAGCAAAAGGUAACUUGUGUUGUACCCUACAGCAGCAGCAGCAGCAGCACAUUACCUAGCAGCAGCUCUCCUCUAACAACAACUUGUUCUCCUACAACAAGCCCAGAUAUAUUCCUUCCUGGUAGAGCAGCAGCAGCAGCAACAGCAGCAGCAGCAGCAGCAGAUGGUGAAUCACCCAUGACACUACAGCUUCCCCCGCAACAGGGGAUCAGUGCCAAUGCAGCAGCAGCAGCAGCAACAGCAGCAACAGGCAACAAAGGCGAUCAGGUAGAAUCCAGCAGCAGCAGCAGCAGCAACAGCAGCAGCAGCAGCAGCAGCAACAGCAACAACAGUAAUUUUUCAACAGCAAAAUCAGCAGCAGCAGCAGCAGCAGCAACAGCAGCAGCAGCAGCAGCAGAUGUCUGUUCCUCAUCUAUUACAUAG